AUGUUGUUUAUUCAACAAGUAAGCCAGGCGCUCGCGUUUGUCCAGAGUCCACACAGUACAUGGGCACUUCCCGACUUUGACACCCUUCUACUUAGAGCUCCAGUUGAUUGUGAGGGCAGAUUAUUCCUGCAGAUAAUGUUAAUUCCAUUUUUAUGUAAAGCUUGGUUGCCAUUAGGUAGUAGUCAUGUAAUAAAAUUUGGAAUUCUUGAUAAGGUAAAGGUACAAAGGUAUGAAAAAUAUUUAAAAAUACAAGCUGGUGUCUUCCAGCUGAAAGCCCUGGCCUGCAAGGUCUGCUCAAGGUUGGCCUCCUGUCCUCUGGUCUUGGGGUGA